AUGCGCAAGCCCAUCGCGCCCCACGAGCGGGCCCAGGUGAACGUCCUGGGCGUCGCCGCGUCGGGCGCGCUGGGUGCGCCGCUGGUCAUCCCCGCGGGCAAGGAGGGCCCGGACCUCGGCAAGGUCCUGUCCAAGGCCGCGAGCCGCGCGCUGCCGUCCGGCGCGGCCGGCGGCGUCGCCAUGGGCCUCAACAUCCUCUGCCUCAUGUGGAUGCGCACGACGGUCAACUACCAGUACCGCUACGGCAGCGGCACGAUCACGGCGAUCAAGGCGCUCUACAAGGAGAGCGGGAGCACGCCCGCGGGCAUCACGCGGUUCUACCGGGGUUUGGUGCCCGCGCUCUUCCAGGGCCCGCUGAGCCGCUUCGGCGACACGGCCGCGAACACGGGCACGCUCGUCAUCCUCAACGAGUACGACUCGACGAAGGAUUUACCGGCCUACGCGAAGACGGCCUUCUGCUCCGUCUCCGCCGCGAGCUGGCGCCUCUUCCUCAUGCCCAUCGACACGCUCAAGACGACGCUCCAGACCGACGGCGCCAAGGGCAUGGCGCUCCUCCGCACGAAGAUGGCCUCCGGCGGGCCCCUCGUGCUCUACAACGGCGGCGCGGGCGCCGUCAUGGCCAACAUCGUCGGCUACUACCCCUGGUUCGCGACGUACAACCAGAUGGAGGACAUGCUGCCCACCACGGACUCCGAGGGCAAGCCCCUCGGCGGCGUCGCCAAGCUCGGCCGCCGGGCCGUGCAGGGCUUCGCGGCCUCCGCCGUCUCCGACUGCUCGUCCAACUCCAUCCGCGUCCUCAAGGUCUACAAGCAGACGAACGCCGACACGACGAUGACGUACACCAAGGCCAUCAAGGAGAUCGUCGCCAAGGACGGCGUCUGGGGCCUCUUCGGCCGCGGCCUCGGCACGAAGCUCAUCUCCAACGGCAUCCAGGGCGCCAUGUUCUCCGUGCUCUGGAAGACCAUCGAGCCCAUGCUCUUCCCCAAGUAG